AAAAGACAAUAAAAAGGGGAAUUAAACCCAAUGAAUUUUGGCAAGCACAUUUGGAAGAAAUUUUGAAUAUUAGUCACAGUUUCUAUUCGUCCCAAUAUAGACGGCAAAAGACUAAGAAUAAGUUCUAGAAAAUUGCAACUUUUCUAAUAUCAAAAUAGAUAUAGAUUCGACUUGUAAUCAUCUGUAAUUUAAUGAACCAACCACUCUUCAUAGCCUCUACUCCUCUCCUAUCAAACCUUCACCCUUCAUUCUUCAUCAAGGAAGCCAAAAUCAAAAUCGAAACGCAGUUGAUGAGACGAUACCUGGAGUGAUGGGAAGAUCGAGCGAUUUCAAGUUCUGGGAAGAAAGGUUAUCGGUUGGUCACCGCUGCUGCGAGGAUGAGUUGUUUGAAUUCCAAAUGCGCGGAGAAGAUCAAGUUGAAGCGUCAUCUCCUCCACUGUGGAGAAAACCGGAAACCUCCACUUUGCUUCCCGAGAACCACCAGUAUAGCUGCCUCUCCCCAACGUCCCGUUUAAGGGCAAUCGUUGAUGGUAGAAGGGAGCUCAUGGAGAUGCUCAAAGAAGUUCCUGAAUCUUCAUAUGAGCUGACACUCAAAGAUAUAGUCGAGCAUCAAGACAAGGAGGUUGUGGUAACAGAUGACGAGAAAGUGAAGCAUAAAACCCCCUUGAUAAUGAAAAGCGCCAACACUAAACCAAUAUGCAGGAGCGAAAGCAUGGAGAGCGAAGUGUUUUUACUAAAGAUGUUCUUACCUGUAUCGCUCAGUUCAAAGAGGAAGAAGAAGGCCAAUACGAGAAAGCACUCAAGAGAGGGACCUGAUAAACAAGCAAAUAAAGAGUGGUGGAAGAUUAUAUAUUUAGCCAUAACAGAUUAUCGGAAGAGUAGAAAUAUCAUCAGAAAGAGUAAUAUCAGUAAUCUUACCAGCGAGAAGAAAUACAAAUCAAGAGGACAGGUUGGGUGCCUGUUCUGUAAAAAAUCGCAGAGUUGCAAAAGUUGAUCAUGUAGAUCAAGCACAGCAAGGAGAUUAUAUACGAAAUGCUGCGAAUCCAGAUGCUCAAAUCUCAAGUGUAAGCAUGCCUGAAACCUUCCCAGUUGAAAGCAGAAUUUAAUCUUAGUCACAAAUAUUGUACCAGCAGUUGCUAAGCAAUGAAGCCACAACCACAGUAGCAAGAGCCGACAAGUUGUAUAAUUUUGAAAAUGGCAAUCAAGCAGGCUACUAAUGUAUUUUUUCGGACAAA